UAAAAUCGAAACUCGGUGAAAAAAGGUUGAAAAUCCAAAACCGUUGAUACUAGUAACGGUUACGUCGUUGUUACCCAACGACCCAGCUGCUUGACGUCCAGGACCGUUCGGUUUAGCUUCAGGAGGCACCUUCGCUUCCUAACUCGACGCAUUGAUCGAAGUGAAGGCUUGCUGUUGUGAUCGUCCUUGUCCUCUUGCUGCAUUGCCUGCUUCUUGUUGCUGAUCUUCCACCUUUUGAGCAUCCACAGAGAAGUGAGAGAUUAGACCAUGUUAGAAGAGGCUCUACGUGACCCCAACAAGCAUCCGGCCGAGGUUGCCACGGCAAUGCUCUCCUUCAUUCGUUCAGAUUUGGUCAAUGGAGGAUCCUCGUCAGAGGAGCGGUUCUACCAGCUCUUUUUGCCGCUGUGCACUCGGGUUUUUGGGGAAAUGAUGCAAGACAACAAGUCGGGAUAUAAACACCAAACUGAUGGUUGGCUGUCUGCGGAGCAACGAUGGAAGACUCCUUCCCUCGGGUCUACGAUGCAGCCCCAGCUUUCUUAUGGUCCACCACGGUCUGUAAAGCGAUCACCACUGUCAACAAUUGACCAAGAUCCGGUGGUGCAGCUGUUGGGGCCGGUUCCACGGUCUUCAAGCAGAGUUGGCAACAAGGAAAAUGAAAACUAUCCCGCCAUCUCAUUGGUUGACACCAUCUCAGAGGGGAUGGCCACACGACAAACAGGAUACUUUGGGUUUCCUUUUUUCGCAUUGCCCCAACCCAUGCAACAACAAUUUUUUGCCGUUCUUGAAAGGCUCCUGAUUGGGAUCACUCCCAACCCUCACAUGCCCUUGAGCAUGGGGCAUCCUGCCGAUCCCGUUGCCCAGCAAAUUAUUGUGAGCAAUAAUUCUAUGCGGCUUUUCGGAUCCCUUCUACGUGUGCCUCCAGACCAACAACAGAAAAUUGUGGCAUAUCAACAGAAGAAGCUAAAGGCCCGGGAUCAAUCACAACCUCUUCAGCUCAGCCCUGGCCUUGCCUCGCCACAUUCUGUUGGUGCAAUGUCUCCUUCAGCGGGAGCGGGAGCGAGAACUCCUCAAAAGGAUGACGCGCCUAGUAUUUAUCUCAGCAUGCUAGAGUAUUACUGUUUUCUGUUCCUUCGGUACCCUCUUGCUGCCCCACAAAUGAACCGUCAAGUUCAAACACAGGCUCAAAUCGGACCCUAUCACAUGAGAGGAAUGGUUACCCGGAAUUCCCCCCCAUAUGGGGAACAAGUUUACUGCUCCUUGUUCCAGCGGUACAUGCGAUACUUCCUUCCUCAAACGAGGGCUCCCACUGUGUCUCCAGGGUUUUCUACGGAACAGGCAAAAUCGGAGUUCUUCCUACGUUCGAUCAUUGCUUUUUGGUUUGAGUCACAUGGCAGCCUUCUUACCACAAACAAAGCUACGCAAGUGAUUCUUGAGCGUUCCCAAAGGACUGGAAUUCACCAAACACCGUCGAUGGAUUUGAACAUGGCGUAUGACCUCACAGCAGGGAAAUUUGAACAAAUUCCUAAGCUGUCUCAGAAGUGCCUACGCAGCCUUGUGGUUCACCUCAUUACAGAUCCAACCAUUCGCCUCUCCGUCUUUGAUCAAGGCUCCAUUGCUCGCGGUUGGUGCGUAAGCCAGCCCAUGACUGUUGUGCAGGAAUCGUUUUACAACUAUGUACGGACAACCUUUCGUCAUGCCUCGAUCCAUCAUUCUGGCUCUGUUUUUUAUACCGCUCUGAACGCUUGGCUCAUUUGGAUAGAGCCAUGGAAUGUGAACGUCCCAAAGGGGCAAAAUGCUUCGGCUCGAAUCACGGGUACUUUUGGUCGAACAAGUGCACAAAAAUCUUCCUCGCCUCUGAUGUGUCCCACCGCAGAGCGCAAGAGUGUGUACACUAAUGACUGGAAGCCCUAUCUGGCUGCCAACUUGUUCUUGUACACUGUUCCCCUCGCCAUCUUCCUCCGGCGAGCCCGUGAACUUGAUUUUUCCCAGCGAGAGUUGGCUCGUUCGCGUACGCUUGUGAAACGAGUAUUUCGUGUGUUCACCCCUGAUGUGAUUAGUGCAUUGAACGAACUCACGGGCUACACGAAUCUUCCAAAUCCAACUGUUCAUGCUCUGGGCCAAAUGGUUGCCAAUCAUCAACAAAACCUUGGAGAAUAUGCACCCACAAAGUCUGGGGACUUGCUCCUGUCUACUUGCCAAGCCGAUAUGCAAAGUUUGUUGGAGGAGAUACACAUGCAACACCUGAAAACAGUCCAGAAUCUUGGCGCACUGGACAAGUUUGAAGCCUUUCUGCAGGGACUGCUCGGUCAAGGGGUUGUUAGUGGGGAUGAGAUCGCAAUACAAUCAUUGGUCGAACGUGCCAAGGUGAUCGUUGGACUUCCAAUCGACUAUGAAGUCACAUCGUCGGAUUCUUCCAAGGCAGGAACAGCUGCCUCGGCGACUGGUGGUGGCGUAUCCAAAUCCACGGCGUUGCGUGACGCUCAAGGGUAUCUCACUGCAGAAGGGCGAAAGCAACUAAUUGCAGGGAAUUUGAAACUGAGUCCAUCAGAUGUUCAUUUCGUUGGUGAUCGGAUGCGGGCACGUCGAACCAGUCAUGAAAUUCCUAUCCUUGUCCCUGUCACCAUUGCCAUUUCGGACUGGCUCAACAAUAAGCUUGGACGAGACAAAGCAGAUGGAUUCCGUAUCAACCUGCGCUUUUUUGCUGACUAUCGCAAUCUCCUGUUCAUUUCCUUUAUGUUCUUCGGGCUUCGGGUGGCGAUGUCUAUCUUCGCCUAGACUUGGCACUUUAGAUGGAAAUGGUUCCUCAGCUAUAAUAUAUAUAGCCAUGAUAAAGCUACGGUACAAGCAAACCAUAACAUACCAUCGACUUGCAGCAAAGUAAUCGUACGGAUCUGCUACCCCAAAUGAAAAACAGCAGAGCACAUCAUUCCAAUCUAGAUUCUCUUUACUUUCGGAAAAGGCGUCGCAACUUUCCCUUCUUAUUAGCAGCCCUUCCAGGAUCUGUUGUGGUUCCAAAAAUAUCCGCAUUGGUCAACUCUUGAUUCUGUG